AUUUGCGGUUGGCCGGAAAUGCUAUAAUGUGCAAUUGCUCAUGUGGUGGCGCUGUCUAAUACGAAGCUAAGCACUACGACUACUCAGCCCGGGAAUGGGCCGUAGUGGGAGCAGCAGCAGUAGUGGAGAGGAAGACGGGGACGCUGAGUGGAGGGCCGCCAUAGAUUCCGUGACGGCCGCCGCCACCUUUAGUAAGCGCGACUCCAACGGCUUUCCGUCGUCUUCCAGCGGCCGUGCAAUCCUUGAAGACGAAGAAGAAAAUCCCAAACCUCAAAGUAUCAAGCAUUACCAAAUCAAGGCACUAAAGUUAUUGGACGAUUUAUUAGACAAGACUAUUGAAGUGGUCACAAAUACAACUCCUGUUCUGGAGAAAGAUCCUGCAGAGAAUGAUGCUGGAGUUCGACUUUUCAAAGACGCCUCGCCUGGGAUAGUGUUUGAUCACAUAGUUGAGCUUCAUGGGCCGAAAAAGAAACCAAAACUUGUUCCAGGUGAAGAGCUAGAUGAAAAAUCAAAAAAGUUCAGGAAGAAACUUCAAUCUGCUGCUGUUGAAGGGGCUGAUAUAAUUGCUGCAGCAAGAGCUGCAAGCCAGAAGUCAUUAGCUAAACUUGAAGCUAGAGAAGCAGCUGCUAAGGUGGCAGCAAAAAGAGAGGAAGAACGAGUAGCAGAGCUGAAAAAGAUUAGGGGAGAAAGAUGGCUUCCUUCUGUAGCCAGACAAAUGGGCAUAAGCACUCAACGGCAUAAACAGAAUACUUGAAUAUGGCCAGCAUUCUGCUUAUGUUAUGCACUGGAGUCCUGUGUGUAGCUAGUUCUUGCCCUAUCUCUCUGUACCUGCCCUCUACUAAUUUCUGCUUUCAUCAUGGUGGGAUUCCAUCUCAUGGCUAAAUUCAGCUGUACAAUGAGCAAAGUCCAGUUCCUUCCUUCAGCCAUUCUCCCGCAAAACCUGGCAAAGGAUAGGAGUAUCAUUGAGCUCUGUCGUCUCUCUGAGUCACUUUGUCAUAAUGGUGCGUUCUUGCAAAUUGCGCUUUCAAUUACGUUUGUAAGUUGGAAUUGCAAACAGACAAAUACUUGCAUAACAGACACCUUCCCCGCAAUGUGGAUCUCAAUUAGGUGAAAGAGUGAAGCCAAAGGAAUUACUAGGAGAUCAAUAUUUUUCACUAUACCUGUUAGUUAUUUUUUCCAUGAUAAUCAGUCUCAUUCUCCAAUUUGAGAAUGUAGGUUUUCGACAUCAGACAACCAAGUUCUGGCCCAAGUUUAUCGAAAUCCACUUUCCUGAUUGGAAAAACUCUACUGAGCCCUAUAAUUCGUGGGUAGAUUUAGAAACUUUUAACCACUAGAAAAGCAUAGUUCGGAUCAAGGAUUGUGCCCAUUGAUUGUUCUUGAUGGCUGUUUG